CAGCCUCCUGCCCGUCUGCCGCUCUCCGCUCUACUCUCUCCACCUAUCCCCCUCUAUUCCACACACACACACACACACACACAUACACACACACACACACAUACACACACACACACAUACACACACACAUACACACACACACACACACACAUGCAUGCAUGCAUACACUCUCCGCUCUCUCGCUGUCUCUCCUCUCUUUCUCAGUCACACUCCGUCCUGUGCAGACUUGAGGAGCCCCGGAGAGGAGAUGAAUCUGGUGGUGAUCCUGUUGGAGCGCUAGUGGUGAUUUUUCUUUUUCAUCUUUGAAAACAGAAAACUAGACUCAGAGCAAUGUUGAUGCAACAGCACCUCUUUCCUCUGUGCUGUGUUGAUCUGCCUGCCUCCUGCCUACAAUCAGCCUGGUUUUGGGGGAUUUAAGCGACAGAGAGUGUGCUGCGCUGCGCUGGCUGUGCGCUCUGCGGUUCUGGUGCGCUGGAUCAUCUUCUCCUCCUCUUCUUUAUCUCUUCACUGAAGGAUGCUCAGUUCUCUCCACAGUCAGGAAUAUUACUACUACAUCUGUCAAUACUCUCGCUGCUGCUGCUGCUGCUGCUGUCCACUUGUCUACCCCGGCAAGAUCCCAGUCUGAGGCACCCCGGUCCCCUAAGGGGAAGAAGAAGCAUGUCAGAAUCUCCCGUGUUGCACAUGGAAGUGAGCCGUCUGCCUCUGGUUCUGCUGGACUACAGCCUCUAAACCAGACUUGAGUGUAUCCCAAAAAUCACUGAAAGGCUCUGAAGAAAACUGGGGAUCCUAGGAGUUCCUUUCUGACGAGCUGAAAAUUCCCGUAUCACUUUAUAUCGAGGAGCACCAGCUGCUUUAACCAGCUCUAUGGUUUUCUGACUUAUCCACGGCUGCGAUUUUGGCAUCUGACUAAGAGCCUGGUGUUUUCUGUCUGUGGACAAUGUGGAGCUGCCUCUGUGGGAUAGUGGAUACCUGUUCUCAUCCGGACACUGACUUCUGGACAUUGUGCUGCUCCAAGGAGGCUGGUGAUUAGAGAAAUCCCCCGGACCCUGUCAGAACCUCCGAAUCAGCACACUCAUACACUGAGAUGACCCAAGAACAGUGCACUCAUAGGAACAAUGUCCAGAGUUCAGAGAAACCACAAGUGUACAAAGUGGGAAUAUACGGCUGGAGGAAACGCUGCCUUUACUUCUUUGUCCUGCUGCUGAUGAUCCUGAUCCUGAUCAACUUGGCGCUCACUAUCUGGAUCCUCAAGGUCAUGAACUUCACCAUAGACGGCAUGGGCAACCUCAGAAUAACAGAGAAGGGCCUGAAACUGGAGGGGGACUCUGAGUUCCUCCAACCCCUCUAUGCCAAAGAAAUCCAGUCCAAACCGGGCCGACCGCUGUUCCUGCAGUCGUCCAGAAACGUCUCCGUCAACAUCAUGGGCAGCAACAACCAGCUGCUCACACAACUCGUCACAGGAUCCAGUGGAUUUAAAGCACGAGGCAAGAUGUUUGAAGUCAAAUCCACCUCUGGGAAGCUCCUUUUCUCCGCCGACGAGCAGGAAGUGGUGGUGGGCGCCGAGAGGCUCAGAGUGAUGGGGGCCGAAGGAGCCGUGUUCAGCAAAUCAGUGGAGACGCCGCAUGUCAGGGCCGAGCCGUUCAAAGAGCUACGCCAAACAUCGAUCACUAACAGAGCUGCUCCGCCUGUGUCUGUUCCCAGGCUGGAGUCUCCCACUCGCUCCCUGCUGAUGGAGGCUCCUAAAGGCAUCCAGAUCCUGGCCGAGGCCGGAGACAUCCAGGCCAUCUGCAGGAACGAGCUGCGACUGGAGUCCAAAGACGGAGAGAUCUCUCUGGACGCUCGGAGGAUUCGCCUGAUGCGGCUGCCGGAGGGGAAGGCCUCCACCAGCUCCUCGUCCUCCGGGACCAGGCAGACUGUCUACGAGGUUUGCGUUUGCCCCAACGGGAGGCUUUUCCUGUCCCAGGCCGGCACCGGAUCCACCUGCCAGAUCAGCAACAAUGUCUGCCUCUAGGACUGAUGCAUACAAACACGAAUCAACACAGAGAUACCCCGAAGGAAAGACAGGCAAAAAAAAACAAAAAAUAACAGACAGAUGUACACACAUCGCCUGCCUCUAGGACUGAUUCAGAGCAAACACAGACACAUACAAAGACUGCCAGAGCUGAUGGAUAAACAGUCACAGAUACUGUACCUAUACAGAUACACCGACGCACACAUUUCACGAUCACAGACAACACUCUGACUGAUAUUUAGGCUCAACCGAUAUGUUUUAAAGGACCAGUACGGAAACAUUUUGAACCGAAGCUGACGACAGCUGAUAUUUUGUGCCAAUAUUUCAAUGCUAAACAUAUUUUCUCCCUUAAUUUUAUAUGAGGAGAAGCCUUUGAAAACAGCAUUUAGAGCAUCACGGGACACGAAAACUCUCCCGAGUCUCCUACACAUCUAAGCUCUUUAUACACACAGUACACUAGAACAUAUUAGGCUUUUAAAUUGAAAUACGUGAAUGAAAGAAAACAAAUGUGUUGCAUUUUAACACCUUUUUAAUACAACUGAAUACAUGACGCUGAAUGGAAACACUAAUAUUCAAUAACAGGAGAGUAUUGGUGAUAUAUCGGUCUGACCCUAACAGUCAUACAAAUGCACACACUGGCUUACAGACAUGCAUACACACAGUAUAGCUAUUUUAACAUGUGAACAUGGUGUGCACACACACACACACACACGCGCACACACUCACAUACUUUUUUGCUCCUGGUAGAAACUGAAAGGAAAAUCUCCAGAGAUUUUACUAGAAGAGACACUGAUCUGUUCCCUUUCUCCCUCAAGAGCAUUUCAGUACCAGAAUCACUAGGGUGAUCACCCAUGGCAACCACGGCCCUCCCCAACCCACUCCUCCUCCUCCCUUCUGUUCUUCUUCUCCUUUUUCCUCACCUUCUCUUCUCCCUCCUCCAACGCUUAACCACAGCUGAGAUAAUUCAAGGAUUUUUACUCUCCCUGUUUUCUGUUUUAAAGCCCAGUAGGCAAACUACAUGCACCUAAUGACUGCUGCUCCCAAUGUGAAUCCGAUCAGGAUGCUAUAAUAAGCAUAAGAACUUGGAUACUGUCUAAGUCAUUGCAUUUCAGUGGAAAACACACACGAGAUCCAGAUGUGCUACUGUAUAUGUGGGUUUGCAUUAAGUGCCGUUAGUAUGCCUAUGUGACAGUGUUUUGUUUGUUUUUCGAUGCUAAUGUGGGAAAAUUUCCAAGUAAAGGUUUCAGUUAUUAGGCUAAAAUAUGAUGAUGCCAUGGUCACAUCAUAUCGCAUUUACCCCAACCCUGAUUAUUCAAAUUAGCCCCCCCCCCAGUGCUAUAGUGACAGUUUGUUGGUGGGUAUUAUUUGAUUUCACAGUGACAACAAAUGACCUCACCGUGUUGGAUGUGGACGUCCAAACAUGUUAAUCAAUUGAUCAAUCUGUCGGUGAAGUCCCACUGUCAGAGAACUGUGGCCCAUGUCAAACCUCGCAGGCUAACGGUUAGCUUUCUCGCUAACAGACUUUGUUUAGUGGGUCUUCACUCCUGUGCUUAUUGUGAUAUGACAUGAACAUGGCACCAGUGCCUCAACACACUGGAACUGUUUAGGGAAAAAAGAUCUGAUGUGAACCGAUGACUUUAAAUUCAGUGGGUAGUUGAUUUAAUGUUCUGUUUUGCCUGCAUAAAUGUUUCCUCCUGGCAAAACAGCAUCACCUUCCUCCGUCCUGACAAUGAAGAAAACUGGAAAAAAGAACAAAAAACAAAAAAAAAACCCUUGAAGAAACAGAACUAAAUGUCCCAUGUGAGCUGCUCCAACCUCGGUGGUGGUCACCCUACUUGUUUCUUGCACUGGGACAUUUUUAAAGAAAAAAAACAAAAAACAAAAAAAGGACAAACAAACUAUAUUGCGAGCCACUCUGUUGAAAGAGGGGAACUGUGCCUGUGCCUUAUGUCGAUGCACUUGUGGCAAGAAGAAGCACAUCACACAGACUUUCUUUGGCAUCUGCGAGUAACAUGGUCUCUCUGGUUUCAGUUCAGUUUCAUCCUACUCACAAAACCUCUCCCUCUGUGCGAAUGCAAAGACCUUCAGCCGCAUCCGACUGUAGCUCGUCCUGCUGUCCACGCCUGAUUCUGCAAAAGGAUGUGUCAUUUUUCUUUUUUCAUUUUUGGGACGACCCACUGGUCACUUUGCUUUUUCAAAUGUUUAAAUCCUGUGGAGUUCGUGAGGCAGAUUUACGGCACUGAUGGGGUUGAUAGCCACUGCUUAAUGAAAGCCAUGUCUGCUUUAGUUCUCUGGUUCUGUUUAAGCAGCUCAAAUCACUUGGUUAAAAGUCCUGUUUAUUUUACACUUCCUGUGUUUUAUUUUGAAGUGUUGAUCCAUAAGAAGAUAUAUUUGAUAUCUCAGUGUAGUUUUACAUCUCCUCUCUCAGGCUUCUCUCUGGAGCUCUAGUCACACUAGAGGCUUGCUUUGUUGUUACAUCACAAAGUUACAGGAAGUCCUGACGGCUGGUUUUAAGGCUCAGUUUCUGAAUACAGGCUGUGUGCAUUUCUUAAUAUAGAACCCAGACCUGAUCUAUAAUCAAACUACACAUGGACGUCUCAUUUCAUACUAUAUGGGACCUUUAAGGGUCUUUCUAAAAAGUGACUCGAUUUAGCAUAUUUUCAACAUUUGCUUGAUAAUCUGGGAAAAUUCAACGAAGAUCUUGCGCAACAACACCCACAAGAAGCUGGACGCUUUUUACCAAGUGGUUUGCGAUGCUGAACACACUCGUAGGCAUUUAUUAAUAUCCUGUGUUGUUGUUUUAAAGUGUCACAUCCUUUCCAAGAGUCGGGUGCACCAACCGUCUCUCUGUCUCUCAGCCUCUCUGUCGCUGUAUAUUAAAGGACUUUCAGAAAUAUUUCACAACAAAUUGAACCUAUCUGAUGUAUUUGUUUUUAUUUGAAUACAUGUACCCAAGAGGAAAUACAUCUUUUUAUACGGUUGUUUAUGUAAAUAUUGUACACAUGGCCGCGUCAGCGAGCAUCGAACAGUACACGCCGACGAAAGAGAAACACUGCUCUUUGGCGAAAAGGAAAUCCGUUUUUUUUUUAUAAUGUACAUCAGUAUGUGUUUUUAUACUUAAAAAAAGAUAAUGUUAAAGGAUAUUCAUUGAGUUAGCAUGUACAGCAAUGUAUACAAUGUUCACCUGAGGAGAACAAGCUGGGUUUGUUUUUAAUGCCUUCUCCUUCCUGUGCGCCUCCGUCCCGCCGAGCUCAGAUGCUUCACACAAACACAAACCUGCUUUCUUUUUUGUUUUGUUUCGUUGUUGUUGUUGUUGUUGUUGUUGUUGUGUCGGGCCCGAGGUCUUUGCAUUCUCUCCAGUGUGCUGUGUGUGUAAAUUUGUGCUACUAUGAGUGAGCUUUUGUUUUGUUCCUCUGCUCCACAGAACGUGUUGAACGAUUCUCAGAGAAGCAAAACACACAAACCAAAAGUUUAAAAAAUUAAAUAAAAGAAAAAUUUUCCAAGAAGGAGUUGAUACACAGGGUUGAGGAGAAAUACGCCGCAAUUAUCAAUAUAAUACAGAAAGUGGCAACAAAAAUACACUAAAAUUACUGAAAAACAUAAUUAGCAAUUAUCAGAUCGUAGACAAUAUCAAUCAGGCUAAAAUAUUUUCAUGCUUGAUUCUAUAAGUAACUACUGUAAUUUAUUCACACUAUCAUGCAAAUUCAUUCAUCGUGUCUGUCGAUGAUGACUCAGUGUGCUGCCAAUCAAUCAAUUAUAUUGGCCUGAUCACAUUCUGUGAGCGGUUCUUCCAACCCUGUGUGUUCCCGCUCUCUACUUCCCCUUCCUGGCGACACACCGGGGGCGGGGUGUCACCGUCCAUCCUGAAUACUCACACUUUUCCUUCAUCCUUCAGUCUGAAACUGCCGUUCAUGGAGUAGUUUUCAAAGAUGCCAAAAUAAAAAGGCGUUGUUCAAGUUGAUUGCAGUAGUUAUUGGAUCCUCCCUGAUGAGAUAAAACAACCGCACUGAUCGAAGAAAAACUUUGUCUUGAAAUCUUUUGUCUUCAGAGUCGAGCUCGGCUCUUUUUCUUAGCUGAAUGAAAUGAAUGAAAAUGUGGCGAUUCAUCAUUUUAAAGGAACUAUUUGAAAGUUUUGCUAUUGCUACAUAGCUAACAUUAGCAUUAACAGCUGCUUACUUACUAGUUUAGAAGAAAUGUUGCAAGUUCAGCAUCAAAUUUCCUUCUUUUACUGGCCCAGAGCCACCCUCUUGUUUUACUUCUAUUUCUAGCACUUAUUUUUUUUGUCCUGAAGUUAGCAUGCUAAUUAGCUAGCCCCAGCCCCGGCUGGUCAUCCUGUCACUUUCAAACACAGCGUCACUGUAGCGUCCACGCCGCUCAAAGAAUGUAUUAUAACCUCUUGUCUUGUGAUUGUAACAAUGGCUGAAGCUCUUGGCAAAACUGGUAAGUAAACAGAAUGCUAACGUUAGCUAUUUAGCAAUCACAAAACCCCAAAACAGAGCGAGGAUGAGUAGGACAUGCUAACAUACUUACCAGUCUUGCCAAGAGCUUCAGCAUUUGUUUUGUGUGGACGCUACAGUGACUCGGUGUUGGAAAGUGACAAAAUGGUCCAACCGGGCUGGGGCUAGCUGGUUAGCAUGCUAACUUCAGUACAACAACAAAAAAAAGAAGUGAUAGAAAUAGAAGUAAAACAAGACGGUGGCUUAGACAGCUUUUGACGAGUGAAGGAAUGAAGUUUUGACGCUGACCUCACAACAUUUCAUCUAGACUGGUAAGUAAACAGCUGCUAAUGCUAAUGUUAGCUAUGUAGCAAUUACAAAACUUACUAAUAGCUCCUUUUAACUUAUCAGCUUCAUCACGAAACCACAAAACAGAAGAGUGAGGAUGAGUAGGAUGUGCUAAUUGAUCAGCAGACUGAUGGUUUGAAUCACAGUCAUCAUUUUUAAUUACAUUUUCCCUCUCGUUUCUGUCUUGUUCCCUGCUCUUGUAUAAUGCUACAAGACUGUAACAAGCAACACAACGUCAGUUUAACUAUAACUUUCGGAGUUUCAGAAGCUGGUUUCAGGCAGUGUGAGAAAAACACUACUUUGAUGCCAAGCACUAAGUUUUAUAUUAAAGAAACAGAAAGUCAUCUCCUCCCUCCGACCGAGCAUCGCUGGACUAAAUUCUUUUUUAUCUGCUUUGCAAACAUGUCUGCUGAACGUUGGGGCGUCCAGGGGCAGAGGGAGGGCAGCCGAGGUUACAGAACCAUACCAGUCAGUUUUAUUUCAUGUCAAUAUACGACCCAGGAGGUUCACAACUUUAUUUAUGCAUUUAUUUUUUAUUUACAAGAGAAAACUACCCCUUGCUGUAUAUUUUAUAGGCUGAUUCCAGUAGUUUUAAAGCUCUAUAAAUUCAAAUCUGACCACAACAAAAAGAAUUUCAUUUUACUCCUGACAGUGUGGAGAAGAUGGAUGCAUCCAGAUGUUAACAUUAUUAUAAUUAAACAGUUAAAUAAAUCAAUCAAAAUAAUUUAAAUUUCUUGGUCAAAAAGAUAAAACAAGGGAGAUGCACAUGUAAAAAGUGAAUCAAACCCAUUAAGUGAAAAUAUAACUUGAACAUGAGAUGAGAUUUUCUUCUUUGAAGAACAAAUAAUGUUCCUUUAAAGGAAAAAUAAAAUACUUUGGAAAUUGUGAAGAAAUAUGACCCCAUACUGUAAAACGAUAUUUCUUGGUCAGUUUGGUUGUUUGGGGAAUUUUUUAUCAUCAUCAUCAGUUUGUAAGUUCGACAGUUUUUGAUUUAUAGUUUCAUUUAAGAGAUUAAAAAAAAAACCUUUGAAACUGGAACGUUACAACACAGACGCUGGAUCUUAAUCUACGCAGAACGUCAGCAUUUCACCGACAUCUUCAUCAUCGUCAUGACACUGUCGUUCUGAUGGCUCAUGAGUCAUCGUGUGUUUGGAUGUUUGGAUCUGAGUGUGGAAGCGGCAGAUGAAACCCACUGAAGGGAAAAAGCCCUGGAGCUUUUUGUGAGGCUUUAAUGAGGCUUUUUAUUCCAGAGGAAACACUCCGGACUGUCUGCUUGUGUUUUUUAAGAAUCAAAAAUGCAUACAGUUGUUUUAGUUCACACCUUUUUUUGUUUUUUGUUUUUUUGCUGUCCAGUGCAAAGUGGAAAUCUUGUCCCCAAGAUGCCAGGACCUGCAGCAGCUGCUCCACUGACCCUCCUGUCGCUAAAAGUCGAGCGUUUCAUCCAUUAAAACAGAUGAAGGAGCAUGUUAACUGGCCACAGUCACUCAGCGUUAACUUAAAUUUCCUUCGGCGUAUUUUAAUUUGACCCCUUUGCCCCGACCCGGACUCUGAGCAACCCGCCUCCUCUCUUGUUUUGUCGUGCUAUCAGCGGCGUGAACUGGCACCACCCCAGAUUAAACUCGCUUUGUCUUCGGUUUAUGAUGGCGAGGCCGGGCUGCGGAGAGACGGAGAAAGAGUGGGUGUGUUUGAUGUGUGUUUCUGAGCAGCUGGAGGCCUGGAAAACAGGUUUCGGCGAGUUGGCUCAUUAGCCGAUCUUCCCUGAGCGGCGGCGGCGGCGGCUAACCUCGAGCUACAGAUACACAGCAGAAAAAUAUUCAUGUUAGCGAGUCAUUAGAGCUUUUGUCCUGCUUGAAUUUUCAGACAUUUUAAAACAACUGAUUUUAUCUACAUCAGAAUGGAGCUGCCAACAAAUUCAAUUUCUAAAAAAAAACUUUAUUAUAACAAUAACUAUCAAAGGUUUAGCUGCUUUUCCAUCUAUCACACAUCUGAUUCGCCAACUUGACCCUCAAUUAUCCCUCAUUUUCUCAGUCAGCGGCUCCUCUUUCGCCACCGCCGGCGGCGAAGUGACGAUGUUUCAAGGUCGAGUUAGGAUUUCACAGGACUCUGUGCUGUUUCACUCAGCAGCACUUCUUUUUAAGAAAAGAGCUCCUUCUUCUUCUUCUUCUUCUUCUUCUUCUUCUGCGUCUUCAUACAAAAGGCCUCUCAGUCAGAGAUGACUUUUCUCUUGGAUUAUUGGAAUAAGGAGCUCCAUAAAGCCGAGAGUGAGUUAUUGACUCGGCUUCUCUCUGCCUCAUGCCUCAGUUGAGAGGACAGUAAGUAAAAGGCUUUUUCUUUUUUUUUUGAAGAUUGUCACCUAAAGGGCUGCAUGAAGAGGACUGAAGUUUUUGUGAUGCAAAACAGCUUCACUUGAACUAUGAGAAUGGAAAAUGUUAAACAAACAUUAACUGGAUUGCGGCUCAUUGUUGGAUCUGUGAGAGGAGGUUGACCUGUGAUCCAAUAUCAAACGCACCUGUGCUGAUUGAAGCUGGUGUAAAUAUCGAACCCGCUGUAUAAAUCAGAGUUUUACAGUGGUGUUUGUGCUUGAAUCUGCUGUUGCAUGUUUUCUUGCUUAAAGAGGAAAAAGGGCUUUUCUCUUUUUUUUCUUUGUCUGAUUUUAUGUGUUACAGGCAACAGUUUAGUUGGUUUUGGCUCAGAGGAGAAACAGAGAAGUCGCUGCACUAAAGUCUGAUUCUACACUAAAAGUAGGGAUGUCACGAGAACCGAUGCUUUGGUACCAAGUCGGUACCGAGCAGGAAACCUCCAACAUGGAACUGCAGUUCCUCUAAUGACCACAUGAGGCUGUCAAUCCCCAUAGACUCCCAUGUUAAAACGUCCCAACUUUACAGCAGAAAUAAACAUGUUUACAGCCCCGGUACAAAAAUUCCCUCGUCAUGACAACUGUGCGGGGUGUGAAUUUUUAUACAACUCACCGGUUUACAUUAGCAUAAAUGAGGGCGUGGCCUGUUGAGGGAGCGGUGGGUGAGCGUAUGCCUUGACUUUCACUGGUUUUGGUGCCGACUACCAAAACUCUGGUAUCGUGACAUCCCGAACUAAAAGCCUAAAAUUCAGUCAGUGAAAAAACGUCAGUGAUGUGGAGUUGAUGUUGAUGUUGAGCUUUUCGUCUGGUGGGUGGGAACGUGGAUCAGCACCACGAUUUAUUUAGUGUGUUACUAAGAUUUAAUCACCGGAUCUCGAGCGAGUGUCAUGAUGUAUUUUUUUAAUAUCUAGUUUUCUGUUUCCUCUGCAGUGAGUGUUAACCCUUUAAAGACAUAUAUUUUGUUCGAGCUGUGUGUGUUUGCUCUUUUUGGGGUCAGUGGUAUUUAAAGACACACCUGAGUGAAGUGGGCGUGGUUUACCUGCACAAGAAUGUGCAUGCAAUUUACCAUUCAUGCACAUUUUGUAGUUCACUGCAGCGAAAACAAACGCUAACAAGUAUAUUUGCAGUGUUGUUUCUUUUUUCUUUAUUUUCUUCAUGUGACACUUUCGAACUGAACGGCGUCUUUUCAGUGGAACGGGGACGAUGCAGCAGGUGAAUCUGUGGCUUUAUUCUGUCAUUUCUUUCCCCCACAUGUACAAACCACCUGUAAAUACACGGAGCUGUUUCAUAGGAGGAGACGUUUUUGUACCGUUCACCCUGUCGCUUAAUAAACAUAAUAAAAAGGUACCGGUUGUGUUGUUUGCUCGGCGCCGUCACUGGUGACAGGUUUUAAAACGUUUGGAGAAAAAGAAAAAAAAAAAAAAACUCAGUGUUUGCUUGAGUUGAGCUUCUGUGAAUCUGAGAUUUGUGAGAGUGAGAAUUUGAUUUGUGAUUUUUGUGAAGACUGACUGAAGGGAUGUUCUCGUUUUCUUCUGUUUGUACCACGAUGUACGCAAAGAGGAUCCUCACACAUUCUAUGCAAAACAAAUGGAAAUAGGACGCAUUGUGAUAAUGCAACGAGUUAUGUCAGUGAACUCUCUUUAAAUUUAUUAUACUUUCUGUAAACAGUUUGUAUUUAUGAACUGAGUUGCAAAUUAAACUGUAUCAAUAAACUUAUUUUAAAAAAGAA